AUGUGUAAAAAACAUCAUAUAGAGGCAACGACAUAUCAAAAAAUCAUCUAUAAUCAAAGGCCUCUUGAACCGAUUAAGGAGUGGCAUAAAAUUUUAGAAUCUGUUAGCAUCUCUGAUCGGAUUUCAGAAAAUAACCAGGAAUCUUUACAGCUAGUAAGUACUGAGUAUAAUACCUCUUUUACUAAUAUACAAGAAGAUAAGGUCAUUCAUAUAGAGCAUCUUGGAGAUGAUAAAGAUGGUGAAUCUUCUCCAAUAGAAAAAAAUAGAAUAACCAAUUCUUCCAAAGAUGAUACAUCUAGAUGGGAAUCUGAUCUUGAAAAAUUAAUAAAUGAUACCAAAAGAUUAGCUCCUAUUCUUCCAUCUUUGUCUCAGUAA